AGAAUGGAUGAAGAAAAUUGCUCCUCCUUGACUGAAUUCCAACUCUUGGGAAUUACUAAUAACCCUGAGAUGAAAGUGACCAUAUUCACCUUGUUCCUGGUUGUUUACAUCAUUAUUCUUGUGGCAAAUCUUGGAAUGAUCAUUUUAAUUAGAAUGGACUCCCAGCUUCAAACACCAAUGUACUUUUUCCUCAGCCACCUCUCCUUCUGUGACUUCUGUUAUUCCACAGCAGUUGGACCCAAGGUGCUGGUGGACCUUUUAACCAAAGACAAAUCAAUUUCCUUUUGUGGCUGUGCUCUGCAGUUCUUCAUCCUCUGUAUCUUUACAGAUUCUGAGUGUCUCCUGCUGGCAGUGAUGGCCUUUGAUAGGUACAAGGCCAUUAGCAACCCCUUGCUCUAUACAAUCGACAUGUCCAGCAAGGUGUGCUCCGUGCUCAUGUCUGGGAUUUACCUGGUGAGUAUGGUGGACGCUUUGAUACAUACUGCGUUAACUUUCCACUUAUGUUUCUGUGGAUCAGAUGAAAUUAAUCAUUUCUUCUGUGAUAUUCCUCCGCUUCUGUUGCUAUCUUUUUCAGAUACACGGGUCAAUGAGUUAGUGAUAUUCACUGUUUUUGGAUUCAUUGAACUGAGUACCAUUUCAUGGCUUCUUGUCUCUUACUGUUACAUCAUUCUCUCAGUCUUAAAGAUCCGCUCUGCAGAGGGAAGGUUCAAAGCUUUUUCCACCUGCACUUCUCACUUAACUGCUGUUGCAAUUUUCCAGGGAACUAUGCUCUUUACAUAUUUCCGACCAAGUUCUGCCUACUCUCUAGAUCAAGACAAAAUGAUCUCGUUGUUUUACACCCUUGUCAUCCCCAUGUUAAACCCUCUGAUUUAUAGUCUACGGAACAAGGAUGUGAAAGAGGCUCUGGAAAAACUGGAAAAUAAAAAACUGUUUUAAAUAGUUUUACACGCACAUAAACAGUUUUCUUCAAAUCAUACGGUACAGGAUAAUGUGGUCUCAGAUUCUUUAAUACAAUGAGUAUUUAUACUAAUUCUCUACUAUACCAAUUAUUAGGUACUUUUUCGG